AUAAAACAGCGCGUCUCUAGCACUAAUCAAGGUAGUCGCAAUCGCACAAACCAAACCGUCGCAAUGGUCGUAGUUAAAAAUGAGCAAAACAUCUCAGUGCCCGAGUACUUGAACGAAGGAUUCUUCGUGGAUGCCCUAGAGAAGGGGUUGCGGGAAUCAAAAGUGACGCUUCAUGAGAUUAACUUCGAGUGGGGCAGCAACCCGGGAGAUAAUUACUGCUCAGCUAUCUACCGAGUGCUGUUGAACUUUGCUCGCUGGGCUGACGGCAAAGAGUUAACGGAAAGGGAAAACUUAUCCUUGAUUGUGAAAACUAUUCCCAUCUCGAAGGAAACUCAGUUCCUCGAGGAUGUAAAAGUGUUUAUCAAAGAGAAGCAAACCUAUACGGACAUUUUGCCACGCUUGGAUAUUCUAAGCGAUGGCAGCAAAUUUGGCGCCAAAUAUUAUCAUUCUAUAACGAAACCCGUGCAAACAAUUGUGUUCAAUGAUCUGAAAGUCGAUGGCUUUAAAGUUGCUUCUCGCGAAGCAGGUUUGGAUUGGAAUCAUGCCUCAUUGGUUCUCCAGCAGCUGGCCAAAUUCCAUGCCACCUCCAUGGUGCUGGCACAGAAGGAUCCGGAAAUAGUUAGGCAUUAUCAUAGCGGCAUGCUUAGUGAAGAGACCUUGUUGAAGAGCGAUACCUAUGACAACAUGUUCAAUGGUUUGCUCAAGGGUCUCAUUCAAGCCACUAGUAAAUGGCCAGGCUAUGAGAAGAUUACAAAGGAUUUGCAACGCUUGUCGGACGACUUCAGAAACAUUUUGGUGAAGGCAGCCAAACAGCAGCCAGAUGACCGUUAUGUGGUUCUCAAUCAUGGCGAUAUGUGGACCAAUAACUUUAUGUACGCCUAUGAUGACAAGUCGAAGCCAGAGACUCCAACUCGAGCUAUUUUUGUGGACUUUCAACUUCCCUUCUUCGGCAGUCCAGGCUGCGAUUUGAACUUCUUCUUGAAUACCAGCAUCAAGCUGGAUCUCAACAAGAAUCGUCGUGAGGAACUCAUCAAGGUCUAUUAUCAGGCAUUCAAGGAGGCCUUGGAAUAUGCACGUUACGAGAAGAUUCCCAGCUAUGAGGAUUUACUUUGGGAGCUGAGGAAUCGUGAGAUUUUUGGAAUGUUCGGUUUAUUCGCCUUUUUGCCUAUGGUGACAAUCCCCAAGGAGUUGGCUGCGGACAGUACAAUUGAGAAUAUGAACAACGAGGCUUUCAAAGCUAAGAGAAUGGAAGCAAUCUUCUCACAACAAUUUCUCAUCGAUUAUCUCAAAUGGGCGUUGACACGUGCCGAUGAAGUGGGCGUUUUUAAUGAUUACUAAACUGAAGUUUCUAAAAGUAUUACAAAAAAUUUAGGCAACUGAGCAAUGCAAUUGUAAAGCUGUUCA